AUGCUCCCCGCACGUGCUCUGCCAUUGCGGCAAUUGGCCAACCGCCCCCUUCCGCUCCAGCGGUGCUUCUCGACAACCGCCCAGCGAGACAGGGCAUGGGGCUUCAUCGGACUGGGACGAAUGGGUUACCCGAUGGCCCGUAAUUUGCGAGCAAGAAUUCCUGCCUCAGACACCCUCGUCGUUCACGAUGUCAACGAAGAGGCUAUGCGCAAGCUCGUGGACGAAGUCAAAGCUGCUGGUGGCAACGCACAGGCGGUUGAGAUCACAGAUAGCCCGCGAGCACUGGCCGAAAAAGCAGACACCAUCAUUACCAGUCUCCCAGAACCAGUCCACGUCAAACAUGUCUUUCACUCUAUCCUCAAGCCCGGCCCUCUACCAGUAUUGAAGGAAGAGCGCCUUUUCAUUGACACAUCAACAAUUGACCCAGUCACCUCGAGAGAAGUAGCAUACGCCGUCCAAGCGCCAAACCAAGGGCGCUUUGUUGACGCCCCCAUGUCCGGAGGAGUGGUCGGUGCCGAGGCCGGCACCUUAUCAUUCAUGUUUGGAGCUUCUUCCAAAACAGGCGCUCUUGUUGAGCGUGUCGAAUCAGCUUUGUCGUUCCUGGGCAAGAAUGCCUGGCAUAUGGGCGAGCAAGGCACUGGAGUCAGUGCUAAGCUAGCCAACAACUAUAUACUUGCCAUAAACAACAUUGCCGUCGCCGAAGCCAUGAACCUCGGAGUCCGCUGGGGUCUCGAUCCUAAAAAGUUAGCCAGCAUGAUCAACUCUUCCACCGGCCGCUGCUGGCCGAGUGAGAUCAACAACCCCGUCCCUGGCGUCGUGGAGAAGGCCCCGGCCUCCCGCGACUACGAGGGCGGAUUUGGAACCAGCCUGAUGAGGAAGGACUUGAAGCUAGCCAUCGCAGCAGCCCUGGAAUCGGGCACGCCGUUGGAGUUGGCUGCCACGGCGCGGGGACUAUACGACGCCGUCGAUGAUGUAUACCCCGGAAAGGACUUUUCGGUCGUCUACAAGUACUUGAAGAGAAAUUCUUGUUAG